AUGGUUAGAGACUUUUUGAACAAUGGCACUCAAAAAAAUGUUAAGCUUAGGCUUAUUGGUAAGAGAGGACGAGAUGGAAGAAGAUAUAAUUUGCCCUCGGUAUCAGAAGUGGCUGGAAUAAUUGUGGGUGAUUUUGAUGCAUCACGAACUGAAAGAGAUAUUGUUGUUCAAACCCAAACUGGAAGUCUUCAGCGUAUAACCGAACUGAAUCUAUCUUAUCUUGGAUUACAGUGUCCAAUUUUGUUUCCAUAUGGAGAGGAUGGCUUUCGAGAGCAUAUACCACUUAAUCGCAUUAAAAGAAAGAAUGACAACGAAGAAAAGUGUGUAACAAUGAGGGACUAUUUUGCAUUUUAUAUUCAGAGAAGAUUCUCUGACAGUUCUCCUUUGCUUUAUUCUAGACGACUAUUCCAACAAUUCAUAGUUGAUGCAUAUUCAAUGAUCGAAUCAUCUCAAUUAGAUUAUUAUCGUUUUCACCAGAAAAAUGUACAGUGUGAUCUCUAUAAAGGUAUCUGUGAAGCUGUUGUGAAUGGAGAUAAUUCGGCAACUACACACGAUAGAUGUAUAGUCUUUCCAGCAACUUUUGUUGGAGGUCUUAGAUAUAUAAUUCAGAAUUAUCAAGAUGCUAUGGCAAUUUGUACCAAAGUUGGUUAUCCUAAUUUAUUCUUUACCUUUACAUGCAAUCCUAAAUGGCCAGAAAUAGUGGAUCAUUUGUCUACUCGGGGACUAAAAGCUGAAGGCAGGCCUGUCAUUGUAUGUAGAAUGUUUAAAAUGAAGCUAGAUAGCUUGGCUAAAGAUCUUCGUGUAAAUAUGUUAUUUGGAAGGGUCGUUGCAAUGGUAUACACUAUUGAAUUCCAGAAGCGUGGUUUGCCUCACGCACAUAUACUGUUAUUUCUUCAUGAAUGGGACAAGUACCCUACUCUUGAUGAUAUUGAUAAGAUUAUAUCUGCGAAAAUACCAAAUAAAAGCGUUGAUGCAAAGUACUAUGAAGCAGUCAGUAACUUGAUGAUUCAUGGUCCAUGUGGAGCUUCCUUAAAGGAUUCACCAUGUAUGGACAAUGGUAGGUGCUUGAGGAAUUUUCCUAUGCGUUUUGUUGAUUCCACAUCUAUUGAUUAUGAUGGAUAUCCUGUUUAUUGCCGCAGAGACAAUGGCAGAACUAUAAAGAAAUCUGGGAUUGAAUUAGAUAAUAGAUGGGUUGUUCCACACAAUCGAAGUUUAUUGUUAAAAUAUGGUGCUCACAUCAAUGUUGAGUGGUGCAAUCAAUCUAGGUCAAUUAAAUAUUUGUUCAAGCAUGUUAACAAGGGUCAUGACCAUGUUACUGCUUCCUUUUACCACGAGGGGUCUACAAAAUCAUUAUAUGAUGAGAUUGAUGAGAUAAAGAUGAACUAUGAUUGUGGAUAUUUAAAUCCAUGCGAAACAACUUGGCGAAUUAUGGGAUAUGAUAUCCAUUACAGGUACCUAGCAGUCAUUCGCUUACCUUUUCCCUUGCCAAGUGACAGAUUGUUUUAUUCAAAAACCACGAAUCAUUGA